UUAUCUCAGCAGGCGUCUCAGUUGGCUCGUGCACAUCGCACGAGACACAAGCAGAACGGGACGGACGGCUGGAAUUAUCGCAAUACAGUCGGAACGGCAUCACAGGAUGAGCGGUGAAGGAGUGUCGCAGGGCACAACGACCGACAGACGGACGCGCUCAGUCCGGUUCUGCUGUGAAUCAGGUGUGCAGGUGUCCACUGGGAUACUGCAGUGAUGAUUAUGUCAAUCACAGCAGAGUCGUCCCCCACAGCAGUCCAUGACCAAUCAAAGGUGGGAAAGAGGGCGGAACCAGUUUGAUGACUGACACACAAGACCUCCACUCAAAUUCAGAGCCCCGGCCCCUCUCUUCAGCUCAGCGAUGGUCACAUAAAAGCACAGAGACAUUUCUGUUGCACUCGUUUUGUAUCCCAAUCAUGUAGAUUGAACUUCAUCCACCUGUUUUCCUUCCUUCAGCUGUUUUUUUUUGCAUUUGUUUGUGUGAUGCUCGGCGUGCUCCGCCUGCGCCGUCUCGUUCGCCAGGUGCCGCUACAGACCAGCUUCGUCUUCCUCUUCCUCCUGUGCGUUCUUAGCGUCUUCCUCUCUUCUUACUUCCUGUACGUUGUCAAACGAGAGCUGGAACCAUCGCUCGCAUCAGGACGCGCUGCCGAUGACCUGUACGUGACCCCGUCUAGGCCCCUCCCCUUCCUGUCUGGAGCGGGCGGGACACUGUCAUCCGAUGGCUCUCGGACGGAUCCGGUCGUGCUGGUGUUCGUGGAGAGUCCGUAUUCGCAGCUCGGACAGGAGAUCGUGGCCAUCCUGGAGUCGGCGAGGUUCCGGUACCGGACGGAAAUCUCUCCCGGAAAAGGAGACAUGCCUACAUUAACUGAUGGACGGCGGGGCCGCUUUGUACUCAUCGUGUAUGAAAAUAUCCUGAAGUAUGUGAACAUGGACGCCUGGAAUAGGGAGCUACUGGACAGAUACUGUAUCGAGUUUGGAGUGGGAAUGAUCGGCUUCUUUAAGGCCAAUGAGAACAGUCUACUGAGUGCACAGCUGAAAGGAUUCCCUCUUUUCCUGCGAUCCAACCUGGGCCUGAAGGACUGUACUGUCAACCCCAGAUCUCCUCUACUGCACGUCACACGAGCGCGACAGGUGUUUAGUGGUCCUCUCCCUGGGGACGAUUGGACCGUCUUCCAGUCCAAUCACUCCACCUACGAGCCGGUUCUGCUGGCUAAAACCCGUUCGGCCGAGAGCACUGGACUCAUGCACACGUCCGUGGUUCAGGAUCUCGGGCUUCAUGACGGGAUUCAGCGGGUUUUGUUCGGACACAACCUCUCCUUCUGGCUUCACAAGCUGGUGUUUGUGGACGCGCUGUCCUUCCUCACCGCUAAAAGACUGUCACUGUCCCUCGACCGCUUUAUACUAGUGGACAUCGAUGAUAUAUUUGUGGGAAAGGAAGGGACCCGGAUGAAGGUGGCAGAUGUGAAGGCGUUGGUUGAAACUCAGAAUGAGCUGCGCAGGUCGAUUACAGAUUUCACCUUUAACCUGGGCUUCUCAGGGAAAUUUUUCCAUGCAGGUACUGAUGAGGAGGAUCAGGGUGAUGAUCUGCUGCUGUCGUAUGUUGAUGAGUUCUGGUGGUUUCCUCACAUGUGGAGUCACAUGCAGCCGCACCGCUUCCAUAACCAGAGUGUGUUAGCAGAGCAGAUGAUGCUAAACCGACGCUUCGCUGAGGAUCACUCCAUCCCGACUCAUCUGGGUUACGCUGUGGCUCCUCAUCACUCCGGUGUGUAUCCUGUCCACAUCCAGCUGUAUGAGGCCUGGAAGCGUGUUUGGGACAUCAGAGUGACCAGCACUGAGGAGUAUCCACACCUCAAACCCGCUCGAUUCAGGCGUGGAUUCAUUCACCGCGGCAUCAGAGUUUUGCCCAGACAGACGUGCGGUCUGUUCACACACACCAUCUUUCAUAAGGACUAUCCCGGCGGGCCGCAGGAGCUGGAGCAGAUCAUUGAUGGAGGAGAGCUGUUCCUCACCGUCCUGCUCAACCCCAUUAGCAUUUUCAUGACGCACCUGUCAAACUACGGGAACGACCGUCUAGGUUUGUUCACCUUCAAACGACUACUCAACUUCCUGCUCACCUGGACUCACCUGAAACUACAGACGCUUCCUCCGCUGCAGCUCGCCGACAAAUACUUCCAGCUGUUCCCAUCUGACACCGAGCCGCUCUGGCAGGACCCGUGUGAGGAUAAAAGACACAAGGACAUUUGGUCAAAAGAGAAAACCUGUGACCGUUUCCCAAAACUGCUGCUCAUUGGCCCUCAGAAGACAGGAGCGACUGCUCUCUAUCUGUUUCUGGGGAUGCAUCCUGAUCUGAGCAGUAAUUACCCCAAUAAAGAGACGUUUGAGGAGAUUCAGUUCUUCAGUGGUCACAACUAUCAGCGGGGCAUCGACUGGUAUAUGGAGUAUUUCCCCCUCCCGUCCAACAGCAGCUCUGAUUAUUAUUUUGAGAAAAGUGCCAGUUAUUUUGAUUCAGACGUAGCCGCGGUCAGAGCCGCAGCGCUGCUGCCCAGAGCCAAAAUCAUCACGGUCUUGAGUGACCCUGUGGACCGAGCCUACGCCUGGUACCAGCAUCAGAGAGCACAUGCUGACCCUGUGGCUCUGAAAUACUCUUUCCAUGAUGUCAUCACAGCGUCCCACAAUGCACCGGUGAAGCUGCAGGUCCUCCAGAACCGUUGUCUGGCUCCAGGAUGGUACGCCAAACACCUGUCACGCUGGCUCCAACACUACCACCACGACCAGAUUCUAGUUGUGGACGGUCAGACAUUAAAAACGGAUCCAGCAUCAGUCAUGGAGAAGAUCCAGACGUUUCUGGGUUUAGAGAAUCGAGUCGAUUACCAUAAGAUCCUAGCGUUUGACCCAAAGAAGGGCUUCUGGUGUCAGCUGCUGGAUGGAGGAAAGACCAAGUGUUUAGGAAAGAGUAAAGGACAGAGAUACCCAGACAUGGACUUACAAUCUCAGGUGUUUUUGAGGAGCUACUACAGAGACGGUAACAUCCAGCUCUCUAAACUGCUGUAUAAAAUGGGUCAGGUUCUGCCCGGCUGGCUCAGAGAGGAUCUGCUCAACAUCAGGUAACAGAGGCUCUUGUUCGGUCAACGCCACAAACCUCUGGAGUGCCAUAAGACUCUCAUUUUGCUGAGAUUUGAGUCCACCGAUGGACAUACAAGAGGAACAAACCACCUCUGAUAGAUGAGUCUGAACUAAAAACAAACUUAAAAAACUGACAUAGUACUUUAAAAACUUACUGAUACAAAUUUUGUAACUGUUUAAAGGCCAGUAUUUAUGAACUGACUCAUAUCUGUCCUGUUAUUGACAUUGGAUGGACUAAUAUGAAGAUCUUCAAACUUCUUCUUUUUUUUUUAACUCAGCAAGUUUGAUACAGAUUUUAUAAAGUCAAAAAUCAUGCCAACGGGCUGUGACGUUUGAUGGGGACGUCUGCAUUUUUUUACUUUUUAUUUUUAAAUUUUUAACUAGUUCUCUGUUGUUUUUGUGCGUUCAAGGCAGUUUUACAUUUUUUUUAACAUGGACGUUUACAGGAGUCGCUUUAAUCACCUUCAUGUUGCUUUUAACUUUAAAAGCAACUUUAACUUUCAUUCUGUAAAACUUUGUUGAGCUCCAAAAAUGAGUGAAAAGUCCCUUAGAACAGUAGUGCACUAUGUCAUGUGAUGCUCUAAAUGAAAAACAGACUGAAAACCGAAUGAUUUGUUGUAGUUUUAUGUUGAUUGUAUUAAAAAAAAAUCAUCUUUUGUGUUUCACGGAAGACCGUCAUACAGGAUUGAAUGACGUGAGUGUGAGAGAAUCAUUGUUUUUGAGUGAAUUAUCCAUCUAAAUCAUACAUAGUUUGAAUAUUACUGCUAAAUCAGGGAAUUCUUUUUUUUACUGUAGUGUGACUCCUAUAACAUGAAUUUAGUUUUGUGUUUUUUUGUGUGAGAACAGCCUGUUGGUUUAUUUUCUCAUUAUGGUUGAAACACAAAACUGGUGAUUUUAUUAAAGAUAAAUGUGUUAUUACAGCAGUUGUUCACUUAAACACUAAAAUUGUCUUUUGUUUGCCUUCAUUGUUGUUGAAAACCUGUAUUAAAACGGUGUAAAACCUGUAUUAAACUUAAAUGGAGCAGAAAAUAUUUCGAUUUUCCUUUCAAAGGUUUCAUGAAAUUUAGUGUUGGUGAAAUCAAACAAACCACUUGCUCUUAUUCCUGGCGUUUUUUAUUUAUUAUUAUUAUUAUUAUUAUUAUUAUUAUUCAUAAAGGUCACCUGUCAUUUUUGUUCGCUAGAACUGUGAAUUUCUGUCAUGCAUUAGGGUGAAAUUAUGCAAUAAUUAAUUGAAUAUUUGGCAGAUGCUGAAAAAAUCACUUGUGACCUUUGGAAAACCCAUUGCUGUUUUAUUACUACAAGGUUUAUAUGGUAGUAAUGAUAUGGUAAUAUCAAUAUAUGUACACAGAUUGAAGCGUCUCUCACUAUAUGAUUCAGAAAUUAAUUCUCAUGUUUUCUCUUUGCCUGAGAUCUGACCUGGUCAAACACAUUCAGAUUGGAGCAGAAUAAACCACACUGUUACUAAUGCUGGA